AAUAACGGGGAAGACUGGCUUAGCUACAUUAUUUCAUCCUUCAGUAUUAAUAGCUUGCAAGAUAGUAACACUAACAGAUAGAACGCUUGCAACGCAGAGUCGAGAUGAUUCACAGCCUAUUCCUGGUGAACUCCUCCGGGGACAUCUUCCUGGAGAAGCACUGGAAGAGUGUUGUGAGCCGCUCCGUGUGUGACUACUUCUUCGAGGCCCAGGAGCGUGCCACUGAGCCCGAGAAUGUUCCGCCGGUCAUCCCCACCCCGCACCACUACCUCAUCAAUGUGCUCCGGCACAAGAUCUUCUUCGUCGCUGUCAUCCAGACAGAGGUGCCUCCUCUCUUUGUCAUCGAGUUCCUUCACCGUGUGGUGGACACAUUCCAGGACUACUUUGGCGUAUGUACUGAAGCUGCCAUCAAAGACAACGUGGUUGUUGUUUACGAGCUUCUGGAGGAGAUGCUGGACAAUGGCUUCCCACUGGCCACCGAAUCCAACAUCCUGAAGGAGCUGAUCAAGCCCCCAACCAUCCUACGCACAGUAGUCAAUACUAUUACUGGAAGCACCAAUGUAGGAGAGCAGCUUCCAACUGGGCAGCUGUCCGUGGUACCAUGGCGACGCACGGGAGUGAAGUACACUAACAAUGAGGCAUAUUUUGAUGUGGUGGAAGAAAUUGAUGCCAUCAUUGACAAGUCUGGUUCUACCAUUACGGCAGAGAUCCAGGGAGUAAUUGAUGCCUGCGUGAAGCUGACAGGGAUGCCUGACCUCACUCUCUCAUUCAUGAACCCCCGGCUUUUGGAUGACGUCAGUUUCCACCCGUGCGUGCGGUUCAAGCGCUGGGAGGCCGAGCGAAUUCUCUCUUUCAUUCCUCCGGAUGGAAACUUCCGGCUGCUUUCCUACCACGUGAGCUCCCAGAACCUGGUGGCCAUCCCGGUGUACGUGAAGCACAAUAUCACCUUCAGGGAGGGCAGUUCCCAGGGCCGCUUCGAGCUGACGCUGGGGCCCAAGCAGACCAUGGGCAAGGCAGUGGAGUCUGUGCUGGUCACCAGCCAGCUGCCCCGGGGGGUCCUCAACGUUAACCUCACCCCCUCGCAGGGUACCUACACCUUUGACCCCGUUACCAAGCUGCUAUCGUGGGAUGUUGGCAAGAUUAACCCCCAGAAGCUGCCCAGCCUGAAGGGCUCCAUGAGUCUGCAGACAGGUGCCUCCAAGCCAGACGAGAACCCCACCUUCAACAUCCAGUUCAAGAUCCAGCAGCUGGCCAUAUCAGGUCUGAAGGUGAACCGGCUGGACAUGUACGGGGAGAAGUAUAAACCCUUCAAAGGCAUUAAAUACAUGACCAAAGCUGGCAAGUUCCAGGUCCGGACUUAGAUCCUGACAAAUUCCUCAGAUCACGUCUGUCCAUGACAGGGAUGAGGGGUGGACGAGAGAGGCAGACAGGCAGCAGAAUCGUAACUAUAUGGUAUUGGAAGGGAACCAACAUGAAAUGAGAAAAAUGCACUUCAGGAUUGCUAACACGAGCUCCAGACUCUAAUGUCUGCAUGAAGAGGAGCCAGUGGAAAACCAGAAAGAUCCAGGAGACCUUGCCAUGCUCUGAAACAUGCAGUACCACAACAGAGCAUCUCCUCCUCUCUCAACAAGGCAACAGGGUCUGGGGCUUCAGUAUCAAAGCCUGAAAAGGUUGCUUCCUUGCAUUCCCUCCUGAAGAGAAAUUCCGGCUAAUUUCAACCUGCAAUAUUGUACUGCUCAUGCUAUUCUUGACUCGUCCGUACCCAAAGGCACAUCCUUUUUUUUCCAGCCCUUCUAAGUUCCUGGCCAGCUAACUGAGGGCAUUGUUUAUCUAUAUAGUGUUGGAAAUGUCUUAACAUACUCCAAAUACCAUCACAAAAGUUUAUGCUGCGUCGUAAGCUGUCUGCUGAUGUUGCAUGACUUAUGGGGGUAGUGUGAGCAAUACAA